AUGUUUGCAUUUGUAAUACCACAACUAAGACCCGACAUUUCUUACAUUCACACCUAUCCGCUCUCAUCUUCGCUACCCAACACCAUCUCGUCGUCAACCAACACCCUGAGCUCCAACAUGUUGUCUCAACAACAACAAGCCUCAAAACGUCGUCGUCGGAAUACUUUGUUGAACACGAUGGCCAACAUCGGAAAGCAAGAGGACACCAUCAAACCAUUACUAGCACCACGUGCUCGUAGCCGCACCAUAAAUUUCAAUGAACAUCAGAAUCAAUAUUAUGAUAAUGAUUACGACUAUGACAAUAAUGCAAUUUUACUCCACGUGAAUUUGAAAAACUACUUAGAGGCCAACAAUGAAGACUUCAACAAUGCUGAACCACGCCGCACCAUCAAGACUCUACAAAAAAAAACAAAUGAAAGACAAAAGCAAAGUUAA